UAUAAAUAACCCCACGAGAGCUCCCCCCCGGUAGGAUCCCCUCCUUCCCCGGGGGUGCCAGGCCGGGCCCCCUCCCUUUGUUAGGACAGGAGCAGCCGCGCAUCCUGCAGCGUGUUCCCGGCACAUCCCGGCCCGGCGGGCGAUCCCGGUGAUCCCGGUCCUGUGGUAGCGCUGGGCAGCCUGGCCCCCCCCCCGGACACCGACUGCAGCCCCCUCCCCCAAAUCAGAACUAACUGCUGCACCGCUUGUUUGUAUUUUUUUUUUUUUUUUCCAGAAUCCUCAUCAAGAAUAGGGCUCCUGCCAGGUAAAUGGAUUCUUGCCUGAUUUUCAAUGCUCCUGGGAGGAUUUGUAGCCAAAAUGCUGUUUUAGUGCUUUGUCUCCAAGCCCCCAUUUUCUCCUAAAGCUGAUGAUCCUAGGCGGGGGUUAGAGGCGAGGCUGGGGCCAGCAGCCCCAGGGCACAGCCCAGCCCUUCCCUCUCCUCAGCGUUAACCUGGCAGAUGCUCUUCUUGCGGAGCCAUUUUCUCUCCCUCAUUGUCUCGCAGCCUUUUGUGUGUGCGGCUAGGUCCUGCCUGGGAGCCAGAAGGAGCCCAGAAAUAAUCAGAUUUUCAGGCGCUGUGGGCUUGCAAGGAGCCUUUCACAACCCUCACACCCCUUUUCUGCCGGGCUGCCCAGCCCCAGAGCUGCAGACAAAGGCAGCAGUGCCCGGCACCCCUGCAGCAGCACCGGAGCCUGGGCUGUGCCAGAGCCUGGGCUCUGCUGGAUGGCAGCGAGGGUCAGGCAGAGCUGGCAGGGCACAGGGCCGGGGUGUCUGCCCACCCUGCUGGGAUGUGGGGCUCAGGGUGCCUGGAUGCCACAUCCCAGAGAUCAUCUCUCUGGGAUCUCUCGCCUGUUGUGCCCUCAUCUCCCUGCUCCUGCCCGCAGUGAAGCUUGUGCUCCUCUUCCUCCCUCUCUCCUCACUCGAGGAGGGGGUUUAGCCCCAUUUAAUUCGGGUGUCCAGCCCCCAGGGCCACUGUAUGUGGCACCCACGACUGUGGCAGGGGCAGCUGAAGCUCACGCCCAAGACGAGUGUUUAGAUGAGUCCUGUCUGCACAAAAUUGUUUUUCCCUCCCUGUCCCCUGGGAUGUGCUUCAUUCCCAGGCCACAGAGGCCAUCCUGCCCCAGCACAGGCACCUCCCGCUCGAAUCCAGCAGGGGAUCCAUGUGCCAGAAGCUCAGUGCCAUCUCCACAGCUCAUUCCCUCUGCUCGGCCCCACCGCAGCUGGGCUGCAAACGCCGCCCGGACGUGAUGUCCCCACGGCAGGGACUGUCCUGCCGGCAGCGCCUGCAGCGUGUGGUGACAACGAGCCGUGGGAAGCAGGAGCGGCUCCGCAGCUGAACUGCAGAGUCAUCACGGCCCGGCUCCCCCGGGACCGGCUGCCGUCCUGGUCUGCCCAGGCAAGCAGGGCAGGGCAGGGCAGGGCAGGGCAGAGAUGUGGGCUGGCUGCUGGCACCGGCCACGUGUCCCCAAAUCCCCGAGGAGAUGGAGCAGCACUCAUGGCUGUGACUGCCAGUUGUCCCAGUUUAACCAGUGCCUGUGGAACCACAGGGUCCCCGUGGCUCAGCUUUACCCCAGGGCAGGGGCAGAGGUGGCAGCAGAAGUGGCAGUGGCAAUCAAUCCCUGCUUCCAGUGAGGUAGGGACAGUUUGGGGCAUUGCCACCAUUUCUGGUGUGGUGGUUCCAAUGCCCCCCCUGUGCCUGGCUCAGCUCCUUCACCCUGCAAGGGGACAGGGACAGGAAGGUCCAUGUCCAACCCUCCUGCCAGACUCCUGCCUGCUUGGCUGGGCUGUGCCUGAGGACAGUGCCCUGUUUCUCUCCCUUUGCUGCGUUGGUUGUUUCUUUUGCAGCUGCUAAUGACUGACCUGAGGUCUGUUCACACAGUCCCCUCGCUGCCCCCAGGGCACAGAGCCACGUGGAACAGGGGACAUUGCACAGCACUCCGGUAGCUGGUGACCACAGUGCCACCACCCCAGGGGCAUGGCCCAGCUCCUGCCUGGCCAGACUGACCAUGUCCAGAGGGGAGCCAGGCUCAGAAGCUGCCAUCACCACCAGGACAUGAUGCCAGAGCCAGGCUGGCCCCAGCAGAGCACCCUGGUACCCACUGCCAUGGCGUGGAGCCACCAGCCUGGCCACUGCGGGGGACACGGCCCAGGAGACUGCGGUGGUCACACCUGAGGACACGGGGCUGAGCAUGCACACGGUUCUCCUGCAAGGUGCUGGGGUGUCCUUGCCUCCCACUGCUCCCCCCAGGCCUGUCCCCUCCCCUGAGCACAGAGUAGGAGGAAGAAGAAGGAAAAGGGAGUGGGGGCAGAGCUGUGCCAGCUCCUCAUGGUGACACGAUGGGCAGAGCCCAAAGGGGCUCUGUUUGUCCCCACUGAUCCUGCCCUGGUGAAGUCCUGGUGCUUUCUGAAACACCUGGUGUGUGGAUCAUCCUGGGGCUUGGGGAGGAGCAGGGGCAGUGAAUCCUCCUGCCAUGGCCUCUGCAGUGGCCCUGUAAGUGGGUGGGACCCUGUCCUCACCAAGCAGCCACUCGGGCCCGUGUCCCCACACAGGCACAAUGACAGGGGGUGCAGUGGGCUGGGGGCAGACACAGCUCAUGGCAGGUGUUACAGCCUUGAAGCCCAAACUGGAAAAGUGUCUCCUGGAGACCAGAGGAGCUCAGGCUGUGGGAGGAGGGGAUCCAGAGGGACUCGGGGCAGAGGCUUUCCUGGGUGCCCCGUCCCAGCCCUGUUUUUUGGGGCACAGUCCUCCUGCAGCCCUUGGAGCACUGCUCAGCCCCACAGAGAGGCAGCUUCUGAUGGGGAGGGGGUAAGCUGUGGGUCACCUUUCCUCUGCUCUAUGGUGGUUUUCCCUGCUGGACCUCCUCCUCCCUGCACGUGCAGUGGGAGCUGGGUCAGUCCUGGAGCAGCUGUCGUGGUCUCUGUUGGAGCCUUACCCCAGACACCACCAGUGAUUCUUUCACCCCCUCCUCCUCUGCUUCUUCCAGCUCCUUUGGAGUCCUUUAGGCACUGCUGGGGCUGUGUCCUCCAUGCAUCCUGUCUCACACCUUUCCCAGCACCAGGGAUGGGAAGCCCGUGUUGUGAGGAGCCUUUGGUACCUCCCUGGCAGGGAUCAGAGGGGCAGAUGCCUGCUGAGCAUUUCAUCCAGGGACAGGUUCUGUUACACCAGCUAAACCCUCUACUAACACCUUCCCAAAUGCCAAAGCCCAAAACCGCCUCCUGCUCUUGUGAGCCAGAGCCCUGCUGCUGACAGGCCUGGCUCUGCAUGCUGCCAAUAUUAACCUACUAACCUGCUGGGACUCCUGUGCCCUCGCUGGGGCUGCCACAGCCCCUGGCACACGGACUAACCCACUAACCAGCCCAGCGCAUGCCCUACUAACCCACAGCAGCCCUGCCUCAUGCCCACUAACCACGGCAGCAGCGCUGCCUUUAAAGGGGAACAGAAAAGCUGGAAAAGGGUUUGAAGGUGCCAGGUGUCAGAGCCAGGCUGCACAGGCAGGGACAGGCAGGGGCAGCCCUGGAGAGAGGACUGGCUGCCCAGCACUGGGCAGGAGGGGUGUUGGGCAGCUCCUGCCUGUGCAGGCAGCCCUGGCCUGGGCAGGAGAGGGGACUGCUGGUCCCUGGGCAGGAGAGGGGACCAGCAGCCCCUGCCCUGGUCAGGAGAAGGGACCAGCAGCCCCUGCCCUGGUCAGGAGAGGGGAGCAGCAGCCCCUGCCCUGGUCAGGAGAAGGGACCAGCAGCCCCUGCCCUGGUCAGGAGAAGGGACCAGCAGCCCCUGGCCCGGGCAGCCCUCGGCAGCACGAGGAGAGGGUUUCUCCCCACACGCCCUGCCCAGCCCUGCCUGUGGAGCCUGUUGCUGACUAGGAGCCUAAAACGGUUUUAUCAGCAGAAGCUUUUCAGUUCCUUUUUAAGCCAGUAGAUCUCUGUUACUAACACAUUCCUGAACUGAAUUAAACAAACUAACCAUUGCUGCUUUUCUCUUCAUUUCUCUUCCAGUGUGUGUGUCCUCUAAGGCAGACCAGCGCCCUGCUUCUGUUACUAACCUGUACUUCUGUUCCCACUGUACUAAUUCUCCCUGACUGUUCCUCUCUUGCUACUAACAACUCUCUUUGCACUUUGCCUCUCGGGUGCUGUUUGCCAUGACAAGUGACAGUGGCUCCUCCUGGACUUACUCACCUGCAGCACUCGAUUUUCCGUGCUGCUGAGCAUCCCUGGCUCCUGUUUGGUACCAUGGGAAAGAAGAUAGAUGCUCAGCCUGGGGCACUUUGAAUAUUUCCCUCUUGGCCUGUUUUCCAACAAAUUUCACGUGGGCACAAUGAGGAGAAGAGGCUGAGUGGCAAUAGGGCAGUACAAAGCCAUUAAUGGCUGUAGAGGCCCAGCAAACCCAGUUUGCAAAGAGAUUCAGCCACAGAGCAAAGCUGUUGCCAUGAGCCUGAGCUCGGGGCUCUCCUGAGGCCCCAGGUCACCUGUCAUGGGGAAUGUUCUCGUCCUGCUCCCAGCAUUGGUGCUCCUGGGCUCCUCUCUUCCCCCCCUGUGUCUCUCCACAGUUUCUCCUGUGCCUGGUGCAUGUGGAAGCCGCUGCUGGCAGCGUGGCCCUGACUAACUCAGCUCUGUGUCACCAUCCCACUGCAGGCUCCCCUGGGCCCAGCCAAGGACAGGGGUGGGCAGUGGGUGUCACAGGGGCUCUGCCAUCAGGUGAUGGGGGCACAGCCUGGCCUUUGCUUUCUGUCCAUCUGUCAGCCAGAUGAAGGUCCCCUGCCUCUCCAGGGACCCUGCCAGGGUGAAGGAUCCAGGCCCUGGCCUGCUGCUGGGGGUUUGGCACAUGACAAGGCACUGACAGCAUUCAGAGUGCCAUGACCAGGAGGACAGAGCCAAGCUGUCCCUGUGUGCCAGCAGAGGAUGGUGGCCCUGUGCUGCUGGCUCAUGAGGACAUCCCAGACCUGGCUGUUGUAGGGUCACAGCAGCUCUGUCAGGGAGGCAGAUCCAGGCAAGGUCCAGCUCUGGCUGCUCUCUCUUGGCUCUGCCCUGAGCUCUCUCUCCCAUGGCCAGGGCUUGCCCAGGCCACCCACUAUCACUGGCUGAUGUCACUGUCACAGCUCUCCUGCCUGCACUGGAAGGCAGAGCCAGAGGAGUCUCCUGGGUGACCCUGUGACACUGUCACCUCCCCUGGGCACCCCUGCAAGGCACUAAGCCCAGCCUGCUCCUUUAGCUGAGGGGUCUCUCUCAGGCUGUUGGGGGUCCCCUCCCCACCCAGCUCCAUGUCUGUCCAACCUCCACCUUAUCCCACUGAUCCCCCAUCACAGCUGCCACCAGGAUGGGUUUUAGGACUGAUGCUCCUGUGUUUGAUGGAAGGGGGAGACCGGGGCAGAGUGGGGAGCACAGGGACAGGAAUGGGACAGGAAUGGGACAGGAGGACAAGCCAAGUUGGGCCCAGAGUGGGCAGGUUCAGGGCUCCUGCACAGGACAGGAGCAUCACCAGCACUGGGUUGGAGUUGUCAGAGCCCAUCUCUGUGAAGGACUCUCCUCCCCACCCCACAGACCCCCCCUUUCUGCUCCAGAGCAGCCCCCCUGUGCCCAGGGGGACCUCCCCAGGUUGAUUAUCCAGGGAAGCUGUGGGACCACAAGAGGAUGCAGCUGGCAAUGUCACCCUGCACAGCCUGCACAGUGGGGACAGGCCCCCAGUGCCUGAGGGUGGCUGCUCCCCGCUCAGAGCAGGGCAGGAGGGCAGAGAGGCUCCACCAAAAAACCAGGUCACUUCUUUGCUCUGCUCCUGCACCUUUGGGCUCCCUGUCCCUGCUCCCCAGUCUCCGUGGCUGGCAGGAGUUGGUCUGUCUGUCUGUCCAUCCCUCUCUGCUGGUGUCCCCAGAGCUGUGUGGAGAGGGGCUUCCAGCUGUGGUGGUGGACGUGUGGCCAGGGCAGCCCAGCAGUGACACGGGCAGAGGUGCAGCCCUGGGGACACUGUCCUGCCCAGGCUGCUCCAGCCCAAGCUGGUCAGGGCUGCCCCUGCUCUGUGGGCACAGCCACGCUGGCUGGGCACUGGCCACGAGUCCCAUAAGUCCCCACAGCCCCGAGGAUGUCCCCACAGCCCCGAGGAUGUCCCCACAGCCCCGAGGAUGUCCCCCCUGCCUGUAAAGUCUACUGUGAACAUGGCAAGUGUGCAACCAC